GGAGUGGAGAAGGAGAAACGUAAGUAACAAGCAGAAAACUGAAAGGGCACUCGGCGGGAAGUAAAACCCAUUCUCUACUCUCUUCUACAAACACAAGAAGAUAAAGAGACCAAACCCCCAAAAAACCCAAUUCUCUCCAAAAACCCAUUUCACUCUCUAGAGACUGUUUGUUUUGUCAGAAAUCUCAGGGAAAUUCAGAUUGAACAGUUCAAGCUGCGGGGGGGUCAAAGUUCAGGGGAGGAGGUUGAGUCAGAAAACCGGUUACACAAGACAAAUUUGUCAGAGCAUGAAAAAUUUAAUAGUCGAAGUCAUAAUUACAGGAAACUACAUAUUAGAAUGGAAGAUUCUGACCAAUGCUCCAGAACUAAGGCUGCAGGCAACACCAGAGAACUAGAUCUUGCACUAUCUUCCCUUGACAUUUCUUCAAAGCCUGCUAAACUUCCUACGUCUAAGCUUCUGCAUCCAGUUCAAGCACCCAUGGCUAAUCAUUCUGACAGUAAUUCUGUGGAGAGUAAGUUCCUAAAACUGCAAGAGGCAAAUAACAUCUCCAAGGCAGCUUACAAGGAAAUCAUGGGUAUGGCUUUAGAAGCAAACGCUUGGGUUGUUGGUACUCCAGCAUUAGGUACAAUUGAGGAAUUCCAACAGAUAUUUAAGACUUUGCCUCCACCCGGAAUGAGAGUCGAAUGUUCGGUUGAGACUGCAAUUCUUCCAAUUGCCCCUGAGAACUUGGUUUCUGUCUUGAUGGAUGUGGAUAGAUGGGGUUCAACUUUGUCCCGCAUUGCCCAUUUUGGAUCUAGCCAUUUGCCAACUGGUGUUUUGCAGCAGUUGAGUCGUGCUGAUGAAACAAUCACGAAGAUAGUAAUGGUGAAUGCUGAAUUUCAAUUGCCCACACCACUCGUGCCAACAAGGAAAUUCUGUUUCCUGAGAUGCCUAAGAAAGAUCGUGGAAGAUAUAUGGGCCAUUGUUGAUGUAUCGAAUGAUUAUUUCCACCAUGGACCUUCAGAUUCUAAAUUGGAAGUAAAGUGUCGGCGAAGGCCAUCUGGGGUGAUAAUCAGGAGGCAUGACGAGUAUUCUGAGGUUAUAUGGCUUGAGAAUGUGGAAGUGAAUGAGCACCAAGUCCAAGAAAAUAUAUACUCAUCAAUAAUUAACUCGAACCUUGCAUUCUGUGCAAAGCGCUGUGUUAGGACAUUGUUGCAGAAGUUAAAGCGAAAUAAUAGUAGAUUUCUCAAUCUUAGGAUGCCAGUGGACCAGCAAGCUCGUGCAUAUUUGCUGAAUUUAACUGAGUAUAUGGAGAAGAAUUUCUUGGAAUGCAUUAAUGAGGCUCCUAACAGAAGGAAAUGGGAUAUUCUGUCUGAUGGAGAAGUAAGGGUUUUGAAGGAUGUGACCAUGAAUCAUGUUGAAACACAGGGCUCAAGUAAUUACAUCGCCUUGACUAGCUUCCGUAUUCAAGCACAACCAUUCUUAGUUGUUCAAUUUCUUCUCAAAAAUAAUGUCAAAUUACAGUGGCCAAGCCUUCUGGAAGAGCCUGAAGAAGUGAUUAAGCUUGCCUCAGAAGAUUAUAAUAACUGCAUCACUUUACAUAAGAAUGUAGAUUUACAGAAUGAUUUCACAAAGCAUCACGACUAUUUGUUACAAGAGGCUUCAUGGGAUGAAUUUUGUUACUUCAUCAUAUCAUCACCAAUGACCCAAGCAGCUACUAAUGCACUUUUUGUUGGAGGAUGUAUAUAUGAUCACUUAAAGCCUUCAGGGUUUGCCAUAAUGCCUGAUGGAUCUGCGGGCCUACUAUCUGAUUCGUGCUUAGUAACCAUUGCCAUGCAACAAGAGCUUGCUGUCCUGGAAUCUGGUCAAGCCAUUCAGUCCAUGAACUUUAUCAUCAAUGACAUCGUUGAAGAGAUAUAUGAAGCAAUGCCUAGUAGACUGCUAACGAGUUAAAUCACUUAAUGCUUCAGAUACACUACUCACAAGGGGGAGAAGCAUCAAGUUAGACUUUGAAAUUGACUAAUCUUGGAAGCCAUAAUGGUUCUUGUAUAGUCUACGAUUUGUUCUGUAUGCGCUUCCUAAACCUCAUUUGUUCAGCGUAGAAUUUUAAUUCAUUAGAAAUGAAGUUUGUAUGAUACUGGUUAUUCAGUUUUGACAUGAUUGACAUGUUACUAUGAAUCUUAUAGAGGAUCGAAAUUUAGUUCCCA